GUCAUAAGCCAACAAUGGAAGUAGAGCGAGUCCUCCGUAUGAAUGAUGGAACUGGAAAGACUAGCUAUGCAAAUAAUUCACGUCUUGCGAGAGCCGUGAUAGCCAAAGCAAAGCCUGUACUGGAGGAAAACAUCAAGGAGGUGUAUGCCGGCAACAUGUUUCCUGAGUGUUUGAAGGUAGCAGACUUAGGAUGUUCUUCUGGUCCCAACACACUUAUUGUCGUUUCUCAGAUGUUGGAUGCUAUCGCCACCACUUGCACCCUCUUGAAUCGUAGGCCACCAGCAUUGCAAGUGUUCCUUAAUGAUCUUCCUGGAAAUGACUUCAACACUCUUUUCAAGUCAUUGCCAAGCUUUUAUGAGGAGGUGAAGAAGGAGAAGGGAGGAAGAUUUGGGGCAUGUUUCAUUGUUGGCGCGCCUGGGUCUUUCUAUCGCAAUCUCUUCCCUAACAAUACCAUGCAUUUUGUUCAUUCUUCUUAUAGUCUCCAUUGGCUUUCUCGGGUUCCCAAAGAACUGGAAACGGGUCAAGUAUUGAACAAGGGGAAUAUAUGCAUAGCAAAGACAAGCCCUCCUGGAGUUUUCAAAGCAUAUUUUGAGCAAUUUGAAAGAGACUUCACGUUGUUCUUGAGGUGGCGUUCAGAAGAGAUAGUCCCCAGGGGUGGCAUGGUCCUAACAGUCAUGGGGAGUAUGAGGAGUGAUGACCCUUGUUUCCAUUGGGAGUUACUUGGAAGGGCACUCAAUGACAUGGUGUUACAGGGGUUGGUCCCAGAGGCAAAGCUGGACUCAUUCAAUCUGCCAUAUUAUGGGCCUACUGCAGAGGAAGUGAGGAGGUUGAUUGAGGCACAAGGAUCUUUUACUCUCAACAGACUUGAAGUUUUCAAUAUGGAGUGGGAUCCCAACAUGAACAGGGACGAGGGGUUUGACGAGCAAGAAAGUGGAAAACUUGUCUCAGAUAUGCUGAGAGCAGUGGGAGAGCCCAUGCUGAAACAUCACUUUGGACUAGAAAUUAUGGAUGAUCUGUUCAGUAGGGUUACUGAGAAGAUAAUUGACUGCAUAGUGACAGAGAAAUGGCAGUCCACUAAUCUAAUCGUUUCCUUGACAAGGAAGGGUGCUUGAAGGUUUAUGUGAAAUAAUUUAUAUGCUAUGUCCAAUAAUUUAUGAUUGAAAACAUCUACCUGAUUUUCUUUUUCCUCUCGAAAUUAAGUAGUGUUCUUUUGUGAUAGUUCCCAACUAAAAGGUCUCUAAGGGCUCAAGUG